GAGAAAGGAAGGAAACAGAAGGCGAGUGUGAUGUUACGUAAUGUCACGUACGGAAGCGGUUGUGUGCGACUGCGAGAGCGAGAUCCAGCCCAUGUGGGUGCAGCAUGGGGACCCCAGGAGGAAAAAUCAACCGGCCCCGAACGGAGCUGAAGAAAAAACUUUUCAAAAGAUGCCAGGUUUUAAGAAAAGGGAAGCACAGGAUCACAGGAGCUGUGGUGGAUGAGGGACUGAUCACCAUCCAUCACCUGAAGAAGCGUGGUUCCAGCUCACGUGCCAACAUUACCCUCUCAGGGAAGAAACGGAGGAAGCUGAGGAAGCAGAUUCUUUACGCCACCAAGGAGAGAGACACAAUGCAGAGUAAUCCUUUCCUGACAAUGAACUAUGGGGAUCUGAGGGAAGUUGAAGCUGUGAACCAGGCACAGACAAAAAAAAUCACUGGCAGUGGAAGGAAGAAGAAACCUACAGCCUCCCAAGAUGUGGAGAUGAAGGAAUCGGAAGCAGGGCCAGGACUGGACAGCUGAACUACUUCCACUGGCUCCAAAGCCUGGCAUCUCCAUCACCCAUUUGCUGCAUUGGUGCCUGCAGUUCUAUGACUUUCCAGAGUCCUUUCCACAAUUACUGGAAGUAGUAUCUUGUUCUCAUUCCCCUGGCUCUAUUUUAUGCUGGACCCCUAGGUGGGCAGCUCCCAGCACCUUUGGCUUUAACCUGCUUUUCUGGAGGUGAAGUAAUACCAAUCCUAUCUAUGUGGGAAGUGACUGGCUGAACUGGGGCUAUGUGUGACUCUACAGUAUUUUGUCAAAGAAAUAAAGAAAUAAAAUCAUGACUGGUCCUCCUGCAGGGUCAGAGGCACUUGA